UUGAGGGGUAGGGUGACGUAUGUCACUUUUGACCAGGAAAGGAGUAGCGGGGGCAGGCAGCACAAGUCAGUGCUACAGUGGGAGCAGCACCUCUCCUCGCAAGGCACCUCGAACCCAGCGGAGUCUGGACCGGACAGCCCCGCGGCCCCUUGACCUCCGUCUCAUCAUCUCACCACACUCCUUGAUCGUUGCGCGUGCCUGGGGAGCGCAAAUCUGUGUGGCGCGCAAAAUAAAAGGAAGGUGCAGACGCUCUUUUGGGAAGAGAGGAGAAGAGACAAGAAAAGAAGGGGAAAAAAGAAAGUUUAUUGUUAGAUAAAGAAGGGAUACCGAAGAGGUGCCAGGAAGGAAGCGGCCAAAAUGACGACCGUAGUUGAAACCCAGCAGACGUACGAGACGUACAUGAUAUCUGGAGAGGGAGAUUACAUGAUGCAGGAGGAUGACUGGGACAGGGACCUCCUGCUCGACCCCGCGUGGGAGAAGCAGCAGCGGAAGACGUUCACGGCCUGGUGUAACUCUCAUCUGCGCAAGGCUGGCACGCAGAUCGAGAACAUCGAGGAGGACUUCAGGAACGGCCUGAAGCUCAUGCUGCUGCUGGAGGUCAUCUCAGGAGAGAGACUGCCCAAGCCUGACAAGGGCAAGAUGCGCUUCCACAAGAUCGCCAACGUCAACAAAGCUCUGGACUUCAUCUGCAGCAAGGGAGUCAAGCUGGUGUCUAUUGGUGCUGAGGAAAUCGUGGAUGGAAAUUGUAAGAUGACCCUGGGCAUGAUCUGGACCAUCAUUCUGCGUUUCGCCAUUCAAGACAUCUCUGUGGAGGAGACCUCUGCCAAAGAGGGUCUCCUUCUGUGGUGCCAGAGAAAGACUGCCCCUUACAGGAACGUCAAUGUACAGAACUUCCACAUCAGUUGGAAGGAUGGCUUGGCCCUGUGUGCCCUCAUCCACAGACACAGACCCGACCUCAUUGACUACUCCAAACUGAGAAAGGAUGACCCAAUUGGAAACCUCAACACUGCCUUUGAGGUGGCAGAGAAGUAUCUGGACAUCCCUAAAAUGCUGGACGCUGAGGAUAUCGUGAACACCCCCAAACCUGAUGAGAAGGCCAUUAUGACCUAUGUGUCCUGCUUCUACCAUGCUUUCGCUGGUGCCGAGCAGGCUGAGACUGCAGCCAAUAGGAUCUGCAAAGUGCUGGCUGUGAACCAGGAGAAUGAGAGGCUGAUGGAGGAGUAUGAGAAGCUGGCCAGUGAGCUGCUGGAGUGGAUCCGCCGCACCAUCCCUUGGCUGGAGAACCGCGCGGCCGAGCAGACCAUGCGCGCCAUGCAGCAGAAGCUGGAGGACUUCCGGGACUACCGCCGCGUGCACAAGCCGCCCCGCGUCCAGGAGAAGUGCCAGCUGGAGAUCAACUUCAACACGCUGCAGACCAAGCUGAGGCUCAGCAACCGGCCCGCCUUCAUGCCCUCCGAGGGCAAGAUGGUGUCGGACAUUGCUAACGCCUGGAAAGGCCUGGAGCAAGUGGAGAAGGGCUACGAGGAGUGGCUGCUCACCGAGAUCCGUCGUCUCGAGAGACUCGACCACCUGGCCGAGAAGUUCAAGCAGAAGUGUGCCCUCCAUGAGUCCUGGACCGGAGGCAAGGAGGAUCUGCUGUCCCAGAAGGACUAUGAGACGGCGUCCCUGAUGGAGAUCCGGGCCCUGAUGAGGAAGCACGAGGCCUUUGAGAGCGACCUGGCAGCCCACCAGGACAGGGUUGAGCAGAUCGCUGCCAUCGCUCAGGAGCUGAAUGAGCUGGAUUACCAUGAUGCAGCCACGGUGAACGCUCGUUGCCAGGGCAUCUGUGACCAAUGGGACAACCUGGGCACCCUGACACAGAAGAGGAGGGACUCGCUGGAGCGUGUUGAGAAGCUUUGGGAGACCAUUGACCAGCUGUACCUGGAGUUCGCCAAGAGGGCGGCGCCCUUCAACAACUGGAUGGACGGAGCAGUGGAGGACCUGCAGGACAUGUUCAUCGUGCACAGCAUUGAGGAGAUACAGAGUUUGAUCACGGCCCAUGACCAGUUCAAGGCCACCCUCCCCGAGGCCGAUAAGGAGCGCAUGGCGGUGAUGGGCAUCGUGAGCGAGGUCAUGAAGAUCGCCCAGACCUACGGCAUCAAGCUGAGCGGCGUCAACCCCUACACCAACCUCUCGCCACAGGACAUCACCAACAAGUGGGAGAUGGUGAAGGGCCUGGUACCCUGCAGGGACCAGAUGCUGCAGGAGGAGGUUGCCAGGCAACAGGCCAAUGAGAGGCUGAGGAGGCAGUUUGCCGCCCAGGCCAACAUCAUCGGACCCUGGAUCCAGACCAAGAUGGAGGAGAUUGGCCACGUGUCCAUUGACAUCGCCGGCUCCCUGGAGGAGCAGAUGAACAACCUGAAGACCUACGAGCAGAACAUCAUCAACUACAAGUCCAACAUCGACAAGCUGGAGGGAGACCACCAGCUGAUCCAGGAGGCUCUCAUCUUCGACAACAAGCACACCAACUACACCAUGGAGCAUAUCCGUGUCGGCUGGGAGCAGCUCCUCACCACCAUCGCCCGCACCAUCAACGAGAUUGAGAACCAGAUCCUGACCCGCGACGCCAAGGGCAUCAGCCAGGAGCAGCUCAACGAGUUCAGAGCUUCCUUCAACCACUUCGACAGGAAGAGGAACGGCAUGAUGGACCCCGACGAUUUCCGCGCCUGCCUCAUCUCCAUGGGCUACGACCUGGGCGAGGUUGAGUUUGCGCGCAUCAUGACCCUGGUGGAUUCCAACAACUCGGGCGUGGUGACCUUCCAGGCCUUCAUCGACUUCAUGACCCGCGAGACGGCCGAGACCGACACCGCCGAGCAGGUCAUGGCCUCCUUCAAGAUCCUCGCCUCCGACAAGCCCUACAUCACGGUGGAUGAGUUGCGUCGUGAGCUGCCCCCGGAGCAGGCCGAGUACUGCAUCAGCCGCAUGACCAAGUUCAUCGGUGGCGAGGGGCCGCCCGGCGCCCUGGACUACAUCUCCUUCUCCAGCGCCCUCUACGGAGUCAGCGACUUAUAAACCCACCAGAGCUGCAGUGUCGUCUUUAUUUCGCUCUCUGCCAUCUCUUUCUUUCUUUCUUUCUUUCUUUUGUUCUCCUCUCUUUCUCUCUCUUUCUACUCUGUCCAUUCUCCAGGGGCCCUGGACUACAUCUCCUUGUCCAUGCCCUGUAUGGCGAGGGCGAUUUAUGAAUGCAAUAGCUUUGUCUUUUCCUUUUCUCUCUUGCUCUCUCCCUCUUCUUAUCUUUUUCUUUCUCCCUCUGUCUACUCUGUCCGUUCUCCCUGGGUCCUGGGCUAAAUCUCCUCCAGCGCCCUGUAAGGAAGAACAACUUAUGAAUCUCUCUUUCUCCAUUCUUUCUUUUCUUUCUUUCGUAUCUCGUUGUAUCACUCCCUUUCAUCAGCUUCUGUCUUCCUCUGUCUUUCUUUCUCCUCAAUCUGCUCCUUUGGGGUUCUAUUUCUCCAUUUAAAAUGCCUUUUUCUUCCUUCCUUGCUUCCUUCCUUCCUUUCUUUCUUCUCAUUCUCCUUUUACUCCCCUUCCCCCUUCCCCCCUCCCUAGCCUCCUUUUCCCCCCUAUUAUUUCACUUUUAUUCACACACUUCAUCUUUUACCAUUGUCUUUUCUCCUCUGCCCUGUCCUUUUCCCCCCUCUUUUGUCUUCUCAUGUAUUCUAUCUUUUUCCCCUCUUGUCUUUUUUGGAUUCCCUCCAUACUUAGUAUCUAUGUCCAAAAGAUGAUCCCACUACUAAAUAUGAUCCCAUAAUAAAGAAACUAAUAAAACAAAUAAACCAACAAAGAAACAAGUUAACACAACACAAACAGAGGUCCCACAAACAAAGAGUGGAUGCAAAAAGAUUCGCUAUGGUGGACUUUCUAAAAUAAUACAUGUCAACGUUUGCUUUUCAGUCUCUCCCCCUUCUCUUGUUUUCUCUCUCUGUUCUUUUUUUGGCCUGUCCCCCGUGUAAUUUUGGCCGUUUACCGUAAGAAAAUAAUCACAUACCUUUAAUGCUAUUCUCUGCCCUGCUUCGCCCCUCUGUUUUUAAAAGGGGGGUCCUUUUCCAGAAAGGAAAAAAUAUAUAUGUAUUUAAAAAUAAACGGACAGAAAUAAAUUUGCUGAGGCUGUGUGUGAGGUGUGUGUGUGUGCGUGUGGAUGUGUGUGUGUGUGUGUGUGUGUGUGUGUGUGUGUGUGUGUGUGUGUGUGUGUGUGUGUGUGUGUGUGUGUGUGUGUGUGUGUGUGUGUGUGUGUGUGUGUGUGUGUGUGUGCAUGUGUGACUGUGUGACUGUGUGUGCAUGUGUGUGCAUGUGUGGGUGAGAGUCAGCAUACAUGAGUGAGUGACUUUGUGUGUAUGCUAAUGCAAGCUGUGUUUAUUAUCGUACAUACGUCUGACUGCUACCGUAUAGCAUUCAAAGAACCAUGUUAUAGACCACUGCCUGGAACGCCUGGAAGUGCCAACCGACUGCUUUGCCUUUGUCACCCCCAGAUAUACACUUGCAUGGCUGCUUCAAAAGGCCAGACAGACCCUCCCAUCUAAUUUUCCACCCGUAACACCCCCUCCUUAGUCCUCAUCACGAGCCAUUUUACAUAAACCUUGUUGUUGUGCAAGGAGACUCAUCUUGUCACUUUUGACCGCGUGGCUCUUACGACAAAUCAAAAAACGUACUUACUUUUCAAACAGAGAGAGAUUGUUCAGAAACUAAAUGUUAUUUGAGUUUUUGUAUGUCUUGAAAUAAAAAAGUAAAAUAUAUGCCCUUUCAAGUUUGAAUAAUGUAACAUUAAAAAAAACCUUCAUAAAUUCUGAAAUGUUA